AUGACUACGGAAAUACUAGAUGAUAUUGAUCGAAAACUGUUUGGCUAUGUAGCGGAAUGGGCUUGCUCUCGUCGGUAUUAUUCUAUUCUUCGAGGAUUGCAGGAACAUCAUGGAAGUGCGAAAUUUACUGUUAAAACUGAGCGAUGGAUGGCUUAUAAUUUAUGGCGAAUUGUUAGUAAAAGAGAGCUAGAUAAGUAUGUAGAUGCCAUUGAAAUACUACAACAGCUGCAUUCAAAGUGGCCGAAAUUAAUCACCUUUGAAGAAUAUAGGAGAAUCUUACUUGAAAUGAAAACAAAGGCAAUAUUAAAUUUGUUAUCAUCGUGUAGCGAUGACUUAAAGAUUAUUGAUAUGACUUGCAAAAUGCUUCCGAGAAAACAAGAAGAUAGAGAAGAUUUGUCUGACGAAGAAGCCCAGGCACUUCACAAGGAGCAGUUAUUAAUCCGUCAUAAUAUUAUAUGUAUGAUUAGUGAAAGUGAACUACGGAAAGAUUUUUCUGAACACUUUAGAAACGUCAUGAAAGACUGUCAAGAAAAGUUACCAUUGGAACAGCUCGUAGAACAAUACACUGAUAAAAUUAACUCUGAGCUCGGAGAAUGUGCAUUAAUUGAAAAGUUAUGCGAUAUCAAAGGAGAUGGUGAAGCGGAAAAUUAUGACCAGAGUAUUAAUGCUAUUGUAAAGGGUCCGCUCACAUCAGUUGCGAUUGCAUCUGAAUCAUCAUCUACGGCAACGUUUAUUACUACACCUAAUGAUAGAAAAAGUAACGAAGUUCUAUCAAAGCGACAAUUACUUACAAAUAAAUCUGCUAGUAUCGGGAAUAGUAGAACGUCUAGUGUCUACGCCACUUUCUCAAUUGACGAUAAAUCAAGUACACUGACUUUCGAGGACGAUCGAUUGGAUAUGCUACAAGCUACAGACCUUACAUCAGUAUUUAUGCCGACCACGGAAAACAAAGAUGUAGUUGCAUCCUCAGUUACAGAUGAAAAUGUGGCAUGUUUACAGGAUCUACUUGCAUGCUCCAGUACAUAUUCUGAGAUGGAAGGCAGUAAAGCUAUAGGUAAAGCGAUGAUUACUAUGGCCACUCUAUCAAAAGACCUAUCUGGUAAUUCAAAAGACAUUUCUAUAGUCAAAACAGACGUAGCGGAACAUGUGAAAGCUGAUACUACCAUUCCGUUAAAUCUACCUCUGAAAUCAAAUAAUAAUAUUAUAGUGAAAAAAGAGUCAACUAGCACCAAACAACCUCCAAUAUACAUUAUUGAUUCAUCUUCAGGGAAUAGUUGUAACAAUGAUAAGAGAGACACUCGUAUUAGCGAUUCCUUAGAGGUUAUUGAACAACCGAUUACAAGAACUACCACUAGCGAUAAUCGAGCGAAGUCAACUAGAUCGAAACGUAAAUCGAAAAGUGUACAAAACGAGGAUAGUAGAGCUGACCUUAUAGCAAGUAACAUAAAUAUGAUUAGCAAGGUUAAAAGCAGGAACAAUCAACAUCGCCAAGAUAGCCCAGAUUACGAAAAUAUGCAAGUGGUUGGCUACAGAAUGCUAGAAAGUGGAUCCUACGAAUGCGUCCUGAUUGGGAAGGAUAAAAGAAGGUGCUCCGUAAUAUUCGAACAGUGCAACGUAGAAAUAGCAAAGCAAAGUUUUUGA